AUGUCUCACAAGCUACGUGCUCCUUUUAAAGCUCUGACGUCACGUUGUGUACCUUCCUAUAAAACGAGUUGUUUAUCCUUAUCGACACCCCUCUCGCUCUCUAUGCACCCUCCUUCUCCAACCAACUUAUCCGUCAAUAACCUUAAACAUCUUCGAAAGCAAUUCUCCGCCACAUCCGCAAACAUGUCUGAAUCCAACAAUAACUUUCUCCUUAGCGAGGUUUUCAAUGUCAAGGGCAAGGUUGCUCUCAUUACUGGAGGUGGAAGUGGCAUUGGUCUUAUGGCCACUCAAGCCCUCGCAGUAAACGGAGCAAAAGUCUACAUCGUCGGCCGCACCAAGGAGAAGCUCGACGCAGUAGUCAAAUCUCACGGCCAGAAUAUCGCCGGCGAAAUCAUCCCUAUUGUCGCAGAUGUCACACAGAAGAGCGAAAUCGUCAGACUGGUCAAGGAGAUCGAGUCCCGAGAGAAGUGCCUCUGUAUCCUUAUCAACAACGCAGGCAUCGCAGGCAACACACAACAGACAGAAGCCAAGACGGCGGAGGAGAUGAAGAAGAAUUUGUUUGAUGAUGAAAGCUCGACCUUUGAAGAUUGGGUCAGCACAUACCGAACAAACGUCCCACAACUCUUCUUCAUGACCACAGCCUUCCUUCCCCUACUCCAAAAGGCCUCCGAAGCCCACCACGGAUAUUCCAGCACUGUCAUCAAUAUCUCCUCCAUCUCCGGCAUUGUACAAUCCUCCCAACACCAUUUCGGAUACAACGCCAGCAAAGCAGCAGCCAUCCACCUCACCAAGCUACUCGCCUCUGAGAUCGCAGAGAACGGUUUGAAGAUUCGAGUCAACAGCAUUGCUCCUGGUGUGUUUCCCAGUGAGAUGACGGCAGGAGAGAGCGGAGGUGAUCAAAAGAGUCACAUUGAGAAGGACAAGUAUGCGAAAGUUCCUGCAAGGAGACCAGGCAAGGAUGAGGAUAUGGCUGGUGCGGUGCUGUUCACAGCCGCGAAUCAGUAUUUGAAUGGCCAGACGAUUGCGGUGGAUGGUGGUUAUAUCCUGCAUGCUGGCGCUUAG